AAUCGCUGUCCGCCGCCCCGUGUUUGACGCUGGGAGCCGCCGUAGCUCCCUCUCCCUCUCCCUCUCUCUCGGUCGCCACUGGCAACGGGCGGCGGCGGCGGCCAUGGAGCGGCGGGAGCGGGCCCCGCGGCAGAUGGUGGAGCAGAGCCGGCAGGAAGGUGAUUCUUUAUCUGUCACUUUGGAGAAGUUACGUGGAUUGUCAAAGGAAGAUAAAACAGAGGGUGCCUUGUUGCGAUCUAGAAUAGAUGAGCAGUCACAGCUCAUCUGUGUACUCAAACAGCGAGCUGAUGACUUCAUCCGACGCUGCCAAACUUUGGAAUCAAUUAACGAGGAGGUGGAGAACCAGUGCGAGGACUUGAGGCAACAACUAGAGGGUGAAAUGAAGUUGUCAGCCCGGCUGGAGGAACGCUUCAUGGAUCUGGCAUUCAAUCACCAGGAAAUCAUCAAAUUUAAGGAUGAAUAUAAGAGACAGAAUUCAGAGCUUAUUGAAGAAAAUGAAAAACUUCAGAGAGAAAACGAAAAUCUCUUUAGUAAAGCACUGCAGGAGAAAGAAGCUCAAAUACUGAAGCUGUCCAGUGAAUUAGGAGAAUAUCUGAAACAACGCGACAUGCUUGAACAAGAUUGCAAGCAAAUAACACAGAAGCUACGACAAAAAGAGAGCGAGUUUUUAGAAAAGCAAGCAAACGCUGAAAAGCUUUAUAAGGAUGAAGUGCUUCAUCUGAAGGUAAAACUGAAAGAAUCGGAGGAUAGGCGUAAUGUUGCUGUAAAGAAGCUGAAAGAAGCCACAGAAGUGAGAAAUCACGAGGAAACAGAAUCCCAGAAUAAAAUACUUCUGCUGACACGAGAGAAGGAAGAGCUUCUUCAUCUUGCCAUGGAGAGAGGGAAACUUAUACAGGACAAACAAAAAGAGACACAGCUCGUGGAGGAGAAACUAAAAUUAACAGAGAAAGCAAAGAAAGAUGCAGAAGACAGAUUUCAAUAUGAAGCUGCAAUGGUAAAUGAAAGUGCCAAGGUCAAGGAGUUACAGCAGCAGUAUCACAGAUAUCAAAAGGUUUACACUGAUUUGGAAAUGGAAUUCGAAGCAUUUAAGAAGCACAGCAAUAACCUACUAACAAAAGAGAGGGAACUGAAUGGCAAACUGCGCCAUCUAACUAAGUGAUGCCAAAUUUCAGUGUGCAUUUAGUAUUGUACAUUUGCAAAAAAGAUUUUA